UGCCCCAGAGCCAGCCACCUGCCGGCUGCCGGGUCGGCGCCCCGCGCCGGGCCGUUGGCGGUGUGCACCUCUGCCCUGUGCCGUGCAGGCCGGCGGCAGAGGACCCGCCUUCACCCGCUGCUGGGUGUGGUGCCCUCCUGGAAAUGACGCCCGAGCCCCUUCCCAACCGGGGACCCGGCUCUCCCCUGUGUUUCUUUGCUCCUAGAGACAGAAAAGUUCUGCUGGUUCUCUGACUUGAAAGGCACAGUUUCUAUCAUUCGUGGCCAGUUCUUCGUCGUCAGUCACUACGGUCCGAUUCAUCCAUGACCUUUCUUCUACUUCAGUAACGGUCCUGAACUUUGCAAGAGUCUCACUGUAGACAUCUUGCAGAAGCAUUUCAUGGCUUUAGCCCCAGCCCCAGCCAUGUGGACAGCGGAUGAGAUUGCUCAGCUGUGCUAUGAGCACUACCAUGUUAGGCUGCCUAAGCAGGGCAAGCCUGAGCCCAACCGAGAAUGGACAUUGCUGGCAGCCGUGGUGAAGAUACAGUUUACAGCUGACCAGGCUUGUGGCAUUUCUGAUAAGGCAAUACAAGUGACAAAGGAAGUUGUCUCAAUGGGAACAGGAACCAAGUGCAUAGGCCAGUCCAAAAUGAGGAAGAGCGGAGACAUCCUCAAUGAUAGCCACGCUGAAGUCAUAGCCAGGAGGGGUUUCCUACGGUACCUUCUCCAUCAGCUCCAGUUGGCAGCCACUCUGGAAAAGGACAGCAUCUUUAUCCCAGGAACUCACAAAGGGCUGUGGAAACUCAGACCAGCUCUCUCUUUUGUAUUUUUCUCCAGCCACACACCCUGUGGAGACGCCUCCAUCAUUCCAAUGCUUGAGUUUGAAGAACAGCCUUGCUGCCCUGUCACCAUCAGCUCAUCUGCAGGAGCCAGUGGUGACUUGGAGGCUCUUGAAGACAAAGGAGAUUGUGAUGACACAGACAGUCCUGUAGCCAAGAAGAUGAGACUUGAAACUCCUUCCUACUUGGUCAUGAAUGGGACCGCUCACUGUGACAAGCAGGAACGGCAUCCAGUCACGCCGGAGGUCAGCAACUGGAACCUCACUGUGCAGGGACUGGCCACUGUGAAAACUACAAUGCCCCGUGACAUCACAGUGCUGGACAUUCAUAGAACUGGGGCCAAGUGUGUCCCCGGAGAAGCCAGGGACCCAGGGAAGCCAGGGGCCGCAUACCACCAGGUGGGGCUGCUGCGAGUGAAGCCAGGCCGAGGGGACAGGACGUGCUCCAUGUCUUGCAGUGACAAGAUGGCCCGGUGGAAUGUCCUUGGGUGUCAGGGCGCACUGUUGAUGCACUUUCUGGAAGAGCCCAUCUACCUGUCAGCUUUGGUGAUUGGGAAGUGCCCAUACAGCCAGGAAGCCAUGCAGAGAGCCCUGACUGGGAGGUGUCAGAAUGUCUCGGCUUUACCCAAAGGUUUUAGAGUUCAAGAAUUGACAACACAGCAGUCAGAUUUACUGUUUGAACAGAGCCGCUGUGCAGUGCAGGCAAAUAGGCUGGAUGGUCCAGGCCGGCUUGUGCCUUGUGGGGCAGCAAUCAGCUGGAGUGCGGUUCCUGAGCAUCCGCUGGAUGUAACGGCCAACGGCUUUCCCCAAGGAACAACGAAGAAAGGAAUUGGAAGCCUUCAGGCCAGAUCCAGAAUCAGCAAAGUGGAACUCUUUAGAUCAUUCCUGAAGCUUCUAAGCAGCAUUGCAGAGGACAUGCAGCCAGACUCCCUCAGGGGGCAGAAGCUGGACACCUACCAGGAAUAUAAAGAGGCUGCAUCCACUUACCAGGAAGCCUGGAGCACACUCCGAAAGCAGGCAUUUGGAUUCUGGAUCAAAAAUCCACCAGACUAUCACCAAUUCAAAUGAAUAGGAAAAGUUUUCCAGCGGAUUUAUUCCUGUAAUCCUAGCCAUUCAGGAGGUGGAGAUCAAGAAGAUCACAAGCAGUUCAAGGUCAGCCUGAGUAAUAAGGUUCUGAGACACCAUCUCAACCAAUAAAAGCUAUAUGGUAGUGCGCACUUCAUCCCAGAUAUAGAGGAUCACUGUCCAGGCCAGCUUAAUCGUGAGAUGCUUUAAAAAAUGCUGCGAACACAUCCAUGUGGUAGAGCUCCUUCCUAGCAAGUGCAAGGCCCUGAGUUCAAACCCCAGCAUCACCAAAAAAAAGUCUGCAGGCUUGCUGGUAGCAGGAGCUUCAUUCUGGACAACCAUAAGCCUUUCUGUUGACUAAAUCAAGAAAACAUUAGGCUGGGGACAUUUUACUAUUGCUUGGUAUUUGACUUCAAUUAUGUUUUAUUGCUUCUCUAAAAUAUAGAAUUUGGAAUAUGAUA